AUGGCUCAUACCAGUAGCCCCAGAAUUCAGGUAGCUGAGACAGGAGAACUUUAUCAUGGCAAGUUGUGGUUCGAGAUUCUCCCUGGACUCACCACCAUGGGUGUGUACUUGUUCAUUCCCAGAGUGGCUACUACUUAUAUCCAUAAGUUCUCCAAUGGAAGCAAGGAACAAACAGUUGCCCAUAUUAUAUAUCAGUGGGAGUUGAUGGAACGAGACAGUUGUAUCUCUGGACUCAAUUUUUGCUAUGUAUCUAAGGGCUUGGAUAACAUUGAUUAA